CCUCCUCCAACUAAAACGCGCUAAACGAAGCAACCUGAAACCUUCAAAUUCUUCCCUUCCAAUCGCCAGGUCUUCGCUCAGACUACUGCUCUGUAAGAAUGACCUCCAACUUAAGUUUGUGUUGUUGUUUUAGUUCUAUGUAGAGGAAGGUUGUUGAUUUGGAUCUGUCCUUGAUGCGCUUACGCAGGAUCUACAGGGUAAAAGAGAGGAGUGUGUAAUCUUACCUCUGUGACUUCUGAACUCUGAACCCAGGCCGACACCUCCCCUGGCCCUUCCCCUCCUGUCCCCGCCUCACUGUCACUGAUGGCACUGGAAAAGCUCUUGCGUUUUGGGAAGCAGCUUCUGAGGGUGAAAGUGGUGAACUGUAAUGCAGAGGAGUCCCGACUGUCCCGAUGUCUCAACACAUUUGACCUGGUGGCCCUCGGCGUGGGCAGCACUCUGGGAGCAGGAGUCUAUGUGUUAGCUGGGGCUGUAGCCAGGGAAAACUCAGGACCUGCGAUCGUGCUGUCUUUCUUGAUAGCAGCUUUAGCUUCAGUGUUAGCAGGUCUGUGCUAUGCUGAGUUUGGCGCUCGGGUUCCUAAAACAGGCUCAGCGUAUCUGUACUCUUAUGUGACAGUGGGUGAACUAUGGGCCUUCAUCACAGGCUGGAACCUCAUACUCUCCUAUAUUAUUGGCACCUCCAGUGUGGCCCGUGCAUGGAGCGCUACAUUUGAUGAGUUGAUAGGGAAGAGAAUCGAGCACUUCUGCUCCACAUACAUGUCCAUGAAUGCUCCUGGUGUGUUAGCGCAGUACCCUGACUUGUUUGCUGUUAUCAUCAUAAUCACACUUACAGGUUUACUGGCAUUUGGAGUCAAAGAGUCAGCGAAUGUCAAUAAGGUGUUCACAUGCGUUAACGUCCUGGUCCUAUUGUUCAUGGUGAUCUCUGGACUGGUCAAAGGCACUUUGAAGAACUGGCAAAUAGACCCUGAUGAAAUACUCAGUGACAACUAUACAAGUAACUCCAGCUUCAAUUUUACAAAUGGCUUGCCAACCAAAGAACAGUUGGGUGUUGGGGGCUUCAUGCCGUUUGGCUUCACUGGGGUCCUGUCUGGAGCUGCCACCUGCUUCUAUGCUUUUGUGGGAUUCGACUGCAUCGCCACCACAGGUGAGGAGGUGAAGAACCCCCAGCGAGCCAUCCCCAUUGGCAUAGUGUCAUCUUUACUCAUCUGUUUUGUGGCCUAUUUUGGUGUCUCUGCUGCUCUCACCAUGAUGAUGCCUUACUACCUACUGGACAGCAACAGCCCUCUGCCUGUAGCUUUCAACUACGUGGGAUGGGGAGGGGCCAAGUACGCUGUAGCUGUGGGUUCACUCUGUGCUUUGUCUACAAGCCUGUUAGGUGCUAUGUUCCCCAUGCCUCGAGUGCUCUGGGCUAUGGCUGACGAUGGGCUGCUGUUCAAGUUCAUGGCGUACAUCAGCCCCAGCACCAAAAUCCCACUAACUGCAACCCUCACCUCAGGUGCAGGGGCAGCUAUCAUGGCCUUCCUGUUUGACCUGAAGGACUUGGUGGAUCUCAUGUCCAUUGGCACACUGUUGGCCUACACUCUGGUGGCUGCCUGUGUCCUGGUGCUGAGGUACCAGCCCGAGCAGCCCCCUUUGGCUUACGAGAUGGCCAACACUCAUGAGGACAUGGAUCUAAUAGACGGCAUUAGUAUCCCCAGCAUGGGCAUGCUCCCAGGGGUGGAGGAGAGGCUCAGCUUCAAAAGCAUCAUGUUUCCAGACAACCCAGAGCCAUCCGCACUGUCCGGACAUAUUGUCAAUGUCAUUGUGUCCCUGUUAGGAGUGUUGAUCCUGGCCUUCAGUGUCCUGGCAGUUCAGGGUGGCAUUGCCCUGUGGAACCUCUCCAUCCUCAGCGUCAUCUUCAUCGUGUGUUUGCUGUUGGUCUUUGUCAUCUGGAGGCAACCAGAGAGCAAGACCAAACUCUCUUUCAAGGUUCCCUUCUUACCCUUUAUUCCUGUUAUUAGCAUGUUUGUUAAUGUCUACUUGAUGAUGCAGUUGGACUCUGGCACCUGGAUACGGUUUUCUAUAUGGAUGGCUAUAGGUAUGGCCAUUUAUUUCUUCUAUGGCAUCCAUCACAGUGCUGAAGCUGAAAUAAACCGCUCUUCUCCCGAUGCUGAAAUGCACAGUCUUAAGCCUGAUCGUGAACUGGACUCAAUGGCUCGAGAAAAACAAUCUUUCCUUCACAAUAGCACAGAUGGACUGGAAGAUGAGGACUGAGGAUAUGAAAA